UGCAUACUUGGUUUUUAUGAUGACAUUAGGUAAAUUUUAGACUUAUCUAUGUGUUUGGAUGGACUGAUCGGUAGUAAUACUCAACUAUUUUUUAACUGGCUUAUCUUUGACGAAUAUAUGUGCUUAUGGCGUUUGAUGUUUAUGAAUCGAGCAGUUUUUAUGUCAAGUGUGGCAAUAGAAGGCGAAGAGGAGAAACUUGGGACAGUGAUAGGGAUCGAUCUAGGGACUACAUACUCAUGUGUUGGUGUGUACCAUAACAACCACGUUGAAAUCAUAGCAAACGAUCAGGGAAACAGAAUCACACCAUCAUGGGUUGCCUUUACCGAUACCGAACGUCUCAUAGGCGAGGCUGCUAAGAAUCAAGCGGCCAAGAAUCCUGAAGGGACCAUCUUUGAUCCAAAACGUCUGAUGGGAAGAAAAUUUGAUGAUCCUGAUGUACAAAGGGAUAUCAAAUUCUUGCCAUACAAAGUUGUGAAUAAAGAUGGAAAACCUUACAUUCAAGUGAAGGUUAAAGGCGAGGUGAAAGUGUUUAGCCCAGAGGAAAUAAGUGCUAUGAUACUAAGCAAGAUGAAGGAAACAGCUGAAGCUUUCUUGGGAAAGAAGAUCAAAGAUGCUGUCAUUACCGUUCCAGCGUAUUUCAAUGAUGCGCAGAGACAAGCGACAAAGGACGCAGGUGCAAUCGCUGGACUUAACGUGGUACGUAUAAUAAACGAACCCACAGGUGCAGCCAUAGCUUAUGGUCUAGACAAAAAAGGUGGGGAGACAAACAUCCUAGUGUAUGAUCUCGGUGGUGGAACAUUCGAUGUUAGUAUCCUUACCAUAGACAAUGGCGUCUUUGAAGUCUUAUCAACAAGUGGAGACACUCACCUCGGCGGAGAAGACUUUGACCACAGAGUGAUGGACUAUUUCAUCAAACUGAUCAAGAAGAAGUACAACAAAGACAUAAGCAAAGAUCACAAAGCUCUUGGUAAGCUAAGACGUGAAUGCGAGCGUGCUAAACGAGCUUUGAGCAAUCAACACCAAGUCCGAGUUGAGAUUGAGUCUCUCUUCGAUGGAGCUGACUUCUCUGAGCCUUUAACGAAGGCAAGAUUCGAGGAACUUAACAUGGAUUUGUUCAAGAAGACGAUGGAGCCAGUGAAGAAGGCUCUUAAGGAUGCAGGAUUGAAAAAAUCCGAGAUAGAUGAGAUUGUUCUUGUUGGAGGAAGCACUAGAAUCCCUAAAGUUCAAGAAAUGCUAAAAGAUUUCUUCGACGGCAAGGAACCUAACAAAGGGACUAACCCUGAUGAGGCUGUGGCUUAUGGAGCCGCGGUUCAAGGUGGUGUAUUAAGUGGUGAAGGUGGUGAAGAAACUCAAAAUAUUCUGCUGCUUGAUGUUGCACCGUUGAGUCUCGGUAUCGAGACGGUGGGAGGCGUGAUGACGAAGGUUAUUCCGAGGAACACGGCUAUACCGACAAAGAAGUCUCAGGUGUUCACUACUUAUCAGGAUCAGCAAACAACUGUGAGCAUCAAGGUCUAUGAAGGCGAGAGAAGCAUGACCAAAGACAACCGUGAGCUCGGAAAGUUUGAUCUCACAGGGAUUCUUCCUGCUCCAAGGGGAGUAGCACAGAUUGAGGUGACUUUUGAAGUGGACGCAAAUGGGAUUCUACAGGUGAAAGCCGAAGACAAAGUUGCAAAGACGUCACAGUCUAUUACAAUAACAAACGAUAAAGGUCGUCUGACACAAGAAGAGAUCGAUGAAAUGAUUAGAGAAGCAGAGGAGUUUGCUGAGGAAGAUAGGAUUGUGAAGGAGAAGAUCGAUGCGAAGAACAAGUUAGAAACGUAUGUUUACAACAUGAAGAGUUCAUUGGAGAAGCUUGCGGAGAAGAUAAGCUAUGAGGAUAAAGCGAAGAUGGAAGUGGUUUUGAAGGAAGCGUUGGAGUGGUUAGAGGAGAAUGUUAAUGCGGAGAAGGAUGAUUACGAAGAGAAGUUAAAGGAGGUGGAAUCGGUUUGUAACCCGGUUAUCAAGUCGGUUUACGAGAAAACCAGUGGAGAGAGCGAGGAGGAUGAAGAAGUUGGUGAUGAUGAGUUAUAGUCAGGUCACAGGUGGUUUAUGGGUGUUUUUAUUAUUUUAGGCUUAUUGGAUUUGAAAAUG